CGCGCGACUGAAGGCGGAGCUGCUAUAUAAACACGAGCACCCUCUUCUUCGGCAGCACACUGGACACUGUUGUGACGGUGGAACGUCGUCUCCGGGUGAACGGAAGCUCCUACAGCAUCGAAACAGUUAAUGGGAACACUGCAGCUCAGAUCUGAGAGCAUGAGGAUGAUCUGACAUGCGCACAUCAGAGCGGAUCAUCAGGAUGACAGAACCAGCAGAACAGAACCAUCACCUGAAAACUUCAGGCAGCCCAUCAGGUGGGAGCAGCGGAGGCGCGUUGGAGCAUCUCCCAGCCCGGAGCCGUGGAGGUCCAGAGAACGGCGACAGGGGGCGACAGAGAGACCAGAAACAGCAGCAGCAGCGGGCGGGGAACUGUGGGGAUAUCAACACAGACAAGUUAUGGCAAAUGAAAGGCGGACAGAGGGGGGUGUGCCCUGCCUUAGCAGCCGGAAACGAUGUCCCAAAGUGCCCGAUCCCUGCUCAGCCGCAUCAGAAAUCCGAUGGGGACAGUCAUCACAUCUCACGGGGGAAGAACGGCGAGGACAGACCUCUGGGUGAGACUUUAAACCAGGUGCAGGAGGAGAGUUUGGUCAUCGACUCCGACACUGGCUUGGAGGCGCGUCAAGGCAAGAGGCGGCACAGGCGCAGGACCUCCAAGAAGAAGCGCAACUGGAAGCCGUACUACAAACUUUCUUGGGAGGAGAGGAAAGCCCUGGAUGAGAGGGAGACAGCCAGGGCUUCCAGGCUCAGGGAGGAGAUGUUUGCCAAAGGGCUCCCAGUGGCCCCAUACAACACCACCCAGUUCCUGAUGGACGAGCACGACCGAGAGGAGCCCGACCUCAACACUGAGACCGGGGUCAGGCGACCCUCAGGGGUCGGGAGUCGCAUGGAGGACACUGGCAGCGAGGAGGAGUUGUUUGACAAUAACGAGGAAGAGGAUGAUGAUGACGGCAGCGGGGGAGGCAGCGACGGCAUCGGGAGGCCCGGUAACGCAGGUGGAGAGUUUCUUCAGAGGGACUUUUCCGAGACCUACGAGAUGUACCACGUCGAGAGUCUGCAGAACAUGACCAAGCAGGAGCUGGUGCAGGAGUACCUGGAGCUGGAGAAGUGCAUGUCCCGGCUGGAGGAGGAGAACAACCGGCUGAGGAGCGCAGUGAUGCCCGGCGGUGUGCCCGAGGAGAGCUCCCUGGUCCGGCUUAAUGAGCUGGAGAGGGAACUGGAGAGACUGAGGGCCCAGAACACAGAGCUCCUCCUGCAGAACCAGGACAGGGGCCCUGUCGCUACCAAUUAAAAAGGACCCAUUUCAAGUCAGGAAAAAAAAAACCCUUUUUAAAGGUAAAACAUGGGACUGCUGCAUUUUUAAUUUGUCAUCAGUGUUCUGUAACCAGUGUAACCUGGACGAAGAAGAAGUCCUCUGCAUUGCGAUGCAAUACUUGACUUUUGUUUUUUAUUAGGACUGUAAGGGUGUCCUGUUCUUUUUUUUUUUUCAAAGACAAAAUGUAAAUAUUUCAAAUUAAGAUUCGUUUUUAUAAAGAGAACGUAUUUGACAUCCUGAGGAUAUUUUGUUUGUUCCCUGGUCAACUUUGUAGGAAUCAUUUGUUCCUUUUUUUGAGUUUCAAACAAACAUGACAUGUUGCAUUUCCCCGUGUUAAAUAAUUCAAUAACAAAUCACAUUGCAAAAGACUUUUUUUUUUUUUUGCAGAAGAGAAAUCCAGUGUGGACAUUUUAACAUUUGUGUGUUAUCAUAAGUUCAAAUAAAACAAUGAAACUCUGCUGUCUGCUGUUUUAAAAGCCUGAUCUGAAACACAAGAAAUGAAGUGUCACACUUACU